AUUCUUACUCACUAACACUAAUAAUGGCCACUAAUGUCCACUGCUCCUGCCCCUGCUCCUGCCCCAGCCACUGGCCUAUGCUCGCUCCGACAAAAGUGUGGGAUUGAAAUUUCGCUCUCUCGCUCUCUCGCUCACUCGCUCGCCCACUCAUCACUAACACGACACCGGUAGUUUAAAGCCUAUUCCACUACCAAUUGCAAUUGUCUCUUAUAUCAAUUGAAUUGUUUGUCACUACCUCACCAUGGAGAAAAUUGAUUUAUCCACGAACGCUAAAAAGAUUCAAGAUUCUUAUGAAAGAGUCGUUAGAGGUGAUACAGAUAUUAACUAUGUAGUAUAUACUGUAUCAAAGGAUUCAACUUUACAAGUUAGUGAUACUGGUAAUGGAUCAUUAAAUGAAUUUGUUGAACAUUUCUCAGAUGGUCAAGUUCAAUUUGGUUUAGCCAGAGUUACAGUUCCUGGUUCAGAUGUAUUUAAAAAUUUAUUACUUGGAUGGUGUCCUGAUAAUGCUCCUGCUAAAUCUCGUUUAUCAUUUGCUACUAAUUUUGCUGAUGUAUCAAAGAUUUUAAGUGGUUAUCAUGUUCAAAUUACUGCUAGAGAUCAAGAUGAUUUAGAUGUUGAUGAUUUUCUUCAUCGUGUUGGUGCUGCUGCAGGUGCCAGAUACUCUAUUCAAACUGCUGGAUCUACUACUACCACUACUACUCCAAAACCAAUUGUAGCUAAACCAACUAUUAAACCAGCUCCUAAACCAACUCCAGUCAGUUCUUUUGUACCUAAAUCUACUGGAAAACCAAUUGCUCCUGUCAAAUCCAAACCAGUGUUUCCACCUAAAAAGAUAGACACAAACGAUGGUUGGGGAGAUGAAAAGGAUGUUGAAGUCAGAGAUUUCGAUCAAAAACCUUUGGAAGAUGUACCUUCUGCUUAUAAACCUACCAAAGUUGAUAUUGGAGCUUUAAGACUGCAAAAAUCAGACACUAUUUCUUCAACUCCUAAACCAUUUAAACCAGUUGAAAAGGCUCCAGAACCAGAACCAAAAGCUGCACCAGAACCAGAAGCUGAACCAGAAGAACCAAAAUCAUUACAAGAUAGAUUACAAACUUAUAAGAGUAAUGAUUCAGAAAGAUUAACUUCCUUACCUAAACCAAAAGUAUCCCAUUCUGUUGCUUCUCGUUAUGCUCCUGCUGCUGCAUCUCCUAAAUUUGGUUCAGCUCCAAGUCAACCUGUUGUUCCUAGUAAAAUUAAUAAAGUAGUAGGAGGUAUUUCUAAAGAUUUUGGAGCUGAAGGUGGUAAGACUCCUGCUCAAAUUUGGGCUGAAAAGAGAGGUAAAUAUAAGACUGUACCUGCUGAUGAAGAACCACAAUCUGCUUCUUUAUCUCAAGAAUUUGAAGAUAAAGUCAAAAUAGAAGAACCUGAGGAACCUGAAGAACCUGCAAUCAUCAAACCAGCCUUUUCUGCACCUCCAAGAAGAGUUAUUCCACCUGUGGUCAAGCAAGAAGAGCCAGAAGAAGAUCCAGAAGAAGAAGAAGAACCAGCACCAGUUUUACCUUCUCGUAGUUUACCUCCACCUCCAGUAAGACAAGUUCAACCAGAACCAGAACCAGAAGAAGAGGAAGAGGAAGAGGCUGCACCUGUGUUACCAUCUCGUAGCUUACCUCCAGCUCCAGCUCCAGCAGCUGCUGUAGUAGAGCCAAAACAUGAACCAGUUAAAGAGUCUGUCACAGCAACUGCUGAAUAUGAUUACGUUAAGGAUGAUGAUAAUGAGAUCGGGUUUGAUGAUGGAGAUUUGAUUAUAGAUAUCGAGUUCACCGACGAAGAAUGGUGGACUGGUAAGCAUGCCAAAUCUGGUGAAGUAGGAUUAUUCCCAGCAGCUUAUGUUAAAUUGAAUGAAAAUGGAACUAAACAUGCUGAACCUGAACCAGUACCUGAACCUGUACCACAACCAAAAGCUGAGCCUGAACCAACUCCCAAAUCAGAACCAGUAGCUUCUAAACCAAGUGCUGUUGCAGAGUAUGACUACGAUAGAGAUGAAGAUAACGAGAUUGAAUUCAAAGAAGGAGAUUUGAUUGUUGAAAUCGAAUUUGUCGAUGAUGACUGGUGGUCCGGUAAACAUUCCAAUUCUGGAGAAGUCGGAUUAUUCCCUGCAAAUUAUGUCAAAUUAAAUGAGUAAAGUUAAAACAUUUUCUAAAAUAAGUCUAAAAUAAAAUAAGUCUAUUA